UAGAUGUUCCACAUCUGGAGUCCAAAUGUUAGACGUGAUAUAAAAAAAACUAGCACAACAACCCAGUGGAGCAUUUUACAGCCAGAAACACAAGCAACAUGGACCUUGUUCUCCUCUGCAUGUUCCUGCCACUGCUCACGGUGGCUUGGGGCCAGUAUGGGGACUAUUAUGACCCCUACAGUGACUACAGGGGCAACGAUGCAUGGGCCAAUGUGUACCGGCAGGGUUUCAGUUUCCAGUGUCCUCAUGGGCAAGUGAUAGUGGCAGUGAGGAGCACUUUCAGCAGAAAAGAAGGCUCUGACAGACUGUGGAACUAUGCCUGCAUGUCUACCCCGCACACCCUGGGAGAGCCAACAGAGUGUUGGUGGGAAGAGAUCAACCGAGCUGGACUGGAAUGGUAUCAAACGUGCUCAAGUAAUGGUUUGGUGGCAGGAUUCCAGAGCCAGUAUUUCCCAUCUGUGCUUGAUCGAGAGUGGCAAUUUUAUUGUUGCCGCUAUAGCCGGAGAUGCCCAUAUUCAUGUUGGUUGACAACAGAAUAUCCAGGACACUAUGGGGAAGAUAUGGACAUGAUGCUGUAUUCCUAUGAUCAUUAUAUCCGUGGAGCAACCACAACUUUCUCCGGUGUGGAAAGGGAUCGUCAAUGGAAGUUUAUUAUCUGCAGGAUGACGGAUUUUGACUGUCAAUUUGACAAUGUUUAGAACACUGAAUAUAUGCCACGCUCUUGGGGGUGGGGGUGGAAUGGUGUGGGGAAAAGAGGGGGGAAAGAAAACAGACUGGAUAGGCAAUACCAACCAUGGACCAGCUUCUUUGCAGAGGUGUGAUGACACUUCUGCGAAGAAGGCUGGUAAGUACAUCACUGAGUUCAACUUUACAUGACAGGCACAUCCAUAUGGCUCUUAAUUAGGGAUUAGAUGGGCUCCUUAGAUUCACAUACAUUCUUCAGAGCAUGUAUGCAGAGCACUCCACCUUCCGCUGUUUCCUGGGCCAUUCACAUACCUGGUGGAUGCAACUGUGGGGGACCAAUGUUAGCAGUGUUGUGUGUAUGGCUUCCCACUUCCAUAGUAGAGAUAUUUCUGCCCUUUUUAGGGUCACUUCCCAUACUCCUGCCUGCAAGUUACAGCACUGACCUGGGACUGUGGGAAGCUGCCUUGUUGUGAGCGUGCCCUUAGACAAAACUGUGGACAAUUCCCUUUAUUUUUUUUUAAUUCAUAGCUACUUUAUGGUGUUUAGAUGCUUUCUAAUAUAAACCUAGAUGAAGCUAUUUCCUUUGCUAUCUUGCUGACCUGUACACACGGAUCCAGACUUUGCAUGGCAUCUUUGUAUCCACUGCUCCCUAUUGUCUACUUACCAAGAGGGCUAGAAAAGCUCUCUAAUUUGUGCUUUGCUGAUGUUUCAGAGCUACUCAUUUGCACACAAUUGCUACCAAUGUGUGUGCUUCCUUCAAAAUAAUCCACAACAAUGGGUCAAACUACACAGGACAUUAAUCAUGUCUUUUGAGGUAGCAUGGGGGUCCCAAUCCAUAAGACCCAGGUGUGGGGGUAGGGAGAGCUUUAGCUCUAUUGUCCCCUAUUGUGGUCUCAAUCCAUAUUGCCCUCCAUGCCUCCAGUUUGCAUCAGGGAGGGGGAGCACUGACCUGAUGGAGUAAAUGGGAGCCAUCCCCAUGCAAAUUGCAAGUGCCCCCCAAUCCAGAUUGGGAACGCAAGGGUGAUAGCAAAGAGCUGAAGUCUGCCUAUCCCCUUGCCAGUGUUUUGAUCUGGCUCAGCACCCCACUAUGGCAAUUUCUGCAACAAAAAUCCUGCUCUCCAUGGCAAACAACAUGAUGAAUGUUAUGUGUAGCUUGGCUUUAGGAUUGCACUAUAGCAGAGGCAUUUUCUUUAAUGCUGCUGUUUUGCAACCCAUGCAAAUAUAUCACAUUCAUGUUCUAUAGCAGUUGUGGGGAACCUUUGAUCCUCCAGAUGUUAUUGAACUACAGCUCCCCAUAAUCCCUGCCCAUUGGCCAUGCUUGCUGGGGCUGAUGGGAAUUGUAGUUCAGCAAUAUCUGGAGGGCCCAAAAUUCCCUACACCAGUUAUAUAGCAAGCCUGGCUGGCAGAAGUUGACUGCAGAGAUUGCUGAUCAACAGCACUGAAGCACAAUCACUUCUACAAUGAUUUCUAUGUCUAAAUUCCAGGUGAGAUUGGUGUAGCAACCUCUGAACUUUUAAAUGGUAUCACAUUGUUUUUGUAAAUGUUCGGCAUCUACGUUUCCUUUGCCAUCUUUCAUAAUCAGAGGCCCAUAAUGAAUGAGAGAAUACCAGAUCUCCAAAUUUUAAUCGGAAGAGGCAUAUGUAGUUGUAAUUGUGUGGCUGAACCUGGUUGUGUAAAACAGACGACAUACUGGUGACUUUUGCUAUGUAGGUCAAAUGUGGGAUAUAAUUUUAUUGAGCAAUAAAAGGUUUAACCAUGACCCUGAAGCUGGUGACAAUUUUUUCUAUUAUAGAAGAGGAUUCAAUAAAAAAAGAGGGAUACUUUAGAAUCCAAAGACAACAGCCGUAUUGAAAUAAACAAUGCAAGUUAUGCAAAAUGCCUGUAUUAGGAUAUCUUUAUUAUGUUCAGUAUUUACAAGCACACUGUCAAUUGUUAUUAUAAUUAACUGAAUAAAAUAAACUAAUUUGGU